AUGGCUCGUGGGUGUCAUGGCUCCAAUGGAACGCGCAUGAGCAGCGCUCCCAAGUUUCAUUCGCGAUGGCUAACUUGACAGAAAAAGACUUUGCACCGCUGAGCGCGGCCUGCGUGAGGGCCUUAAACGACAAGCUGUACGAGAAGCGCAAGACAGCAGCACUGGAGAUUGAGAAGAUGGUUAAGGACUUCAUGAGCAAGGACAACGUGAUGCAGAUCCGUAAGCUGCUCAAGCUCCUCGGCCAGGACUUUACCCUCGCACACAAUCCCAACAGCCGCAAGGGAGGCCUCAUUGGGCUUGCUGCCAUGGCCAUUGCCCUAGGCAAGGACUCGGCGCUGUACGUGGAUGAGCUGGUCAAGCCAAUCCUGGCCUGCCUGAGCGACUCCGAGAGUCGUGUCCGGUACUAUGCCUGCGAGGCACUCUACAAUGUCGUCAAGGUUGCACGUGGCGCCGUCCUCCCCAACUUCAAUGACAUCUUUGACUGCCUCAGCAAGCUGGCUGCUGAUUCUGACCAGAAUGUCAAGAAUGGCUCGGAGCUCCUCGAUCGCCUUCUCAAGGAUAUUGUGACGGAGAGCUCAUCGUUCGACCUGGUGGCCUUCAUGCCGCUGCUGCGGGAGCGGGUCUACACCAAGAACCACUUUGCCCGGGCAUUUGUGGUCUCCUGGGUAUCAGUGAUGAACUCAGUGCCUGAUAUUGACAUGCUCAUCUUCCUGCCCGAGAUCCUCGAUGGCCUCUUCCACAUACUUGAAGAUCCCUCGGUUGAACUCAAGAAAAUGUGCGAGACAACGCUGAGCGAGUUCUUGCGCAACAUAGUGAAGCACCCUGACCGAGUGGACUUCGCUGCCAUGAUCCGGAACCUCAUCGUCCACUCGCAUUCCUCUGAGGAGCUGGUGCAGUACACGGCCAUCAGCUGGAUGCGGGAAUUUGUGGCGCUGUCAGGGCGUACGCUGCUGCCCCACGCAGCGGGCAUCCUGGAGGCCAUCCUGCCCACCCUCUCGUAUGAUGACCCCCGGCGACCUGAGUCACCCUCGCACGCCCAUGCCGCAGACAUCCGUGAGACAGCCAAGGCGGUGAACACGCGGCUGAUGCAGCUGGUCACCGAGGAGGACGACCAGCCAUCCUCCCACAGCCCUGCGGCGAGCGAGAGUGACUCGCCUACGUCACGCCGCUUGGGCGCGCACCAGAGAAUUGCGGGCGACCUCCAGCAAGAUGGCGUCACCGGGACGGCCAUUCCAGUUGUUACCGAACUGGAGCUGACACCACUGGUGAAUGUGCUGACGCGGCAGCUGAUGCACGUGUCGAUGCAGACUCGCAUUGCUGUGCUUCGCUGGUUCCUGCACCUGUUCACCAAGAUACCUAAUAAGAUCUUUGUCCACGUGGAAGAGAUAUUCCCGAAGCUGCUGCAGACGCUUUCAGAUCCCUCAGAUGAGGUGGUCCUGUUGGACCUUGAGGUCCUGGCAGAAAUCUCGUCGUCGAGUGCAGCCGGCGGCAGCGGCGCCACGAAACGGGCUGCCAGCAGCGGGGGCGGUGUCGGUGUGCCUGCUGGUGAUGCAGUUGCUGUGCCCAAUGGCUACUUCGGCAAGUUCAUGCUUUCGCUGCUCGACCUGUUCCAGUCUGACUUGCAGCUGCUUGAAGAGAGGGGCUCCUUCAUCAUCAGGCAGCUGUGCGUUUUGCUGAGUGCGGAGGACAUCUACCAGUCCCUGUCGGAGAUCCUGCUGGGCCGGGAGGACCUGCGCUUUGCGGCACACAUGGUGCAGACCCUCAACACCAUCCUGCUCACCUCCACUGAGCUGUUCGAGCUGCGCAACCAACUUAAGGACCUCAACACCAAGGAGAGCUGCUCGCUGUUUUGCUGCCUGUACCGGUCUUGGUGCCACAACCCGGUUGCCACAAUAUCCCUGUGCCUGCUCACCCAGAACUACGAGCACACCUGCUCCCUGCUGCUUCUCUUCAGCGACAUGGAGGUGACGGUCGAGUUCCUCACCGAAAUCGACAAGCUGGUACAGCUCAUUGAGUCACCGAUCUUCACCUACCUGCGCCUGCAGCUGCUGGACAGCCCGCAGCAGUCGUACCUGGUCAAGUCCCUGUACGGCCUGCUCAUGCUGCUGCCCCAGAGCGAGGCAUUCCACACGCUCCGCACCCGCCUCGCCUGCCUGCCACACCCAUCCCUGCAGCAGAUGGACACCGGAACCACCACUCGCAAGACUGUGGAGAACAGCAGUGCAGAGCGGUGCAAGUCCGAGAUAGACUUCCAGGAGCUUCUGGAGCACUUCCAGAAGGUGCAGGAGUCGCACAAGAAAGCCAAGCCAGCUGCCAGGCUUAACCAAGUGCUACGGCUGAGUGGUGUAGUGAACUCUGGGCAUCAGGCGUGACAGGACUUCAACUUAGGUGUCGCAAUUUUCAUCCAUGCGCCGAGCUCUGCAUUGCUGAGGGUCACACGCUGCUCACGUGUCACACUGGAGAGCGAACUCAACAAUUGCAUUCUUCGUGCUGUCGUGGGAACUGUGACCACACAUUCCUCGAAGCCACUUGUAAAAGUGGUGCCAGAAAAAAAACAGCAUAUUGCUGAGCGUUGCGUAGCAUCGGUACAUUUUCUAGUUGGUGCUUCUGUUCCUUUUAGUCAUUUUACCAUCUUCGGAUUGUCACCUUCGCACGCGGAUCAAGUUGUAGUAAUGGACACACAGACCCGACUAUAAGAGCCAAGUGUUCAGUGUGAUGAUGAGUUUGUGGUGACCGUUCCAAAUGCAGAAGGGCCCGUGAUGGCUUUCCUCAGAGGCUGGAACACAGAUAUAUUUUUAUGCAUUGAGUCUCUGCGAGAAAAACUGAUUCAUAAAAUUGAUGAUUGUGAUAGAGCGAAGUCUGGAACAAUGUAAACUUCCUGGUGUGUCCUUGACCAAAAGGCGAAGGACACACCAAGGCAUAUGCAUAAAUGUAUAAAUAUGAGCCUUCAUUUUGCAUGAUGCCCACAUGUGGUGUUUUUUAUCAUUGCUCAAGGAAGCACAAAGGCCAACUACAUAGAGAUUGUUGACUGCAUACAAAGCCUAGUUUGAGAUAGCGUACAUGUAAGCAGCCUUCUUGCAAAAUUUAAUGUUUAAGGUGCAAGUGGAUGCGUCGCAAAAAGCUUGCCAAAGUAGAUGUCCCUGAUACCAAAGUCUUUAAGAAUGCCGGUAUUGCCACCUGGUGGAAAUGACGCAGCAGCUAGAGUGUUGAGAACUAACGCAAUGCCUAGGCAUCACUGCGGACAUUGGGUGGCCGACGAGGUACACGGGAGACCUUGGAGUCCAUGUACAAGUACCCGUGUUGUGUCCUCCAUCUAACCAGCUGUGUGCAGUGCAGCGAACACUGGAAGUUUUGUCAGCCAAACAGAAUAAAAAAUCAGGUCUCCGUUCAUUGCCCGUAUCUGAAUGCGCUUCGUGCCACGCCGACCGCUUGUAUGCUUCACAAAAAGGAUUAGCGGUGCACAAUGGGCAAUAUGAACUGAAAAUUGGCUGACACGAACCUAACCUUAGCUACACUGCAUGUUAUUGCUGAGACAGCAUGGGUGUCCACAUUGUCUGUUGAGGUGUUAUUUAAAGGCCUCACACUAUACUCAUAGCAACUCAGCCGCAGUGAAAUUUUUUUUCAAUUGGCCUUUAAGCUCCUGUCCACCUUGAGAUGCAGAUAAUUUCUGUCAGUGAAUUACGAAAUUAUUUGAAUUUGCUGCGUUGCAAAGGAGGCGUUAAAUUCUAGUGACUGCCAAGUGCAGAUCUUAUGCUCCAAGUUGCUUUGCAAAACUUACAAAAAACGCAGUAUCAUGUGUGAAUCUCAUAACUGCACCACAUUAACAGAUUUCUAAAACUGCAUCUGUAGUUUUUGAAAACUGCUACUAUUUUUUAUAGGAGUUUAACACUCAUCCUUUGAAAGUAAGAAUUUAAUGCACAAUUUAUAUCAAUAUGAACAAUUUACCUGCCUUGAGCACUGUCAUCAGUUGCUGUUUAUAUUUUAUCAGUUGCUGUUUAUCUGUUUAAAAUUUUGUUGAAGUAAGUGGUAAUCUGCACUUAAAUAAUGAUCAGCUUUCAACAGUCACUAGAAUUUGAGCUUUUCCUUCAAAUGCAACAGAUUGAAUUCAGAUCAGUUUUGCACUUUAUUAGGGAGAACAUAUCUGCAUUUUGCUUGCAUUUGAACAGGUAGUAAAAAGUUAAAGCUUCCUCUAAAUGACAUCCACCUGUUGUGGAUUUAUCGGCUGCCUUAUGGAAAGUUGGGCAUUAUGGUGGACUGAGACACUUGUGCACAGUGUAUAACUUAUGGUGGCAUAAAUAAAGGUUGCCCUGUUUGUUUGUA